AUGAUUGAAGCGGCCAAAAAGGUUUCUAAAAAUCUUUUUCCACCUUCAACAAACGAGCAUGUUGGGAAAUUAGCUAAUAAAAAUGAAAACUAUCAAACCAUGCAAGAAAUGGAUUUUAUUUUUAACUACGAUGAAAAAGUUUCUGAAAAUAUUAUACCACUUGAUGACUUGUGUCCUAUUGUAAUACAAGUACCAUGCGCCACUGAUCUUCAAAUAGCUGAACAUGACACACCUGCCAAAGUUUCAAACACAAGUUCAAAUCCUGAGUAUGCAGAACCUAUCUAUCUUGAUGAAGAAACACUGUGUAAAAAUGUAACUGCUUUAUUGGUAAAAGAUUGUGUAGAGUUUAAAGAAAAUCAAAUAGUCUGUGUAGAAAUACCUGAAUGGAGUAUGAAAUAUGAUGUGAUUUUGAAAAGUACAUCAACCAAGAACACAAUAUCUACAAAACAAGAUAAUGAUGGACCAUUUGAUGAUGUUCAAACUUGCAUUCCAGAAACCAAAAUUUGGACAACUAAAGCAAUAAAAUUACUCAUCGAAAAUAGAGGUGAUCUCGAACAUGAGUUUAAUAGUAAUAAAAAAAACCAUAAAAUUUGGGAAAAAAUUUCCAACAUCCUAAAAGAAAAUGGUGUUGCAGUAUCUGGACAAAACUGUAAUGUAAAGUUCCGAAACUUAAUGGCUACAUUCAGAGAUAAUGUACAAAGAGCCCAUAAGUCUGGUGAAGGAGCUAUCAAUUGGGAAUAUUAUAUUAUAAUGAAAAAGUAUUUUGGAAAAAAGGACUCAGUUAUUCCAAAUAAAAACACAAUAUUAGAAAGUAGUUUACCAAACACCUGUAAAAUAAAUUUAAAAAAUGGAAAUAACUCUGUUGAAUGUACCAAAUCACAACGUUCUCAACCAUCUUUAAUACAUAAUGAAGAAAUAAACUCUGAUGAAGAUAUGCCAAAAAGGAAAAAGAAAAAAAAUUUCCAAGACAUAUUAUUAGAGGAAAUGAAGGAGGAUCGGAAAUCCAGAGAUAGUUUUCAAAACAAGCUAGAAAAUUUCAUGGACAAGCUGAUUCAAAUUGAAACUGCUAAACUGGAAAAAAUUUAA